CCCUGAAGCGAAUCCAAGCCCAGAGACAAAGUGAGUGAGGCUGGGGAGCAGCAGUCGAAGCAAUUUCCAUUCUUCACCUGAGCCGAGCUCCGACGACCUCGCUCACGUGUUACAUGCCGGCGCUCCCACCUCCCAAUGCCACCCAACUUCCACCUUCCUCGUCCUCUCUUCUCUCUCCCAAAACACCCCUCUUUCAUUUCCCUUUUCUUCUCUCACUCCCACUAUUUUUCCAAUUCCUAUUCUUCACACACCUCUCACUACCUCUCACAGUUUCUCCCUCUGAGUCACUCCAACUUCAACCCCCUCACCCCACGCGAACGCCGCAUAGUGGUCGUGGGUUUAUCCACCAUCUUAAAAACCGACCAGGGUUUCCCCCUCAAAGCCUUCUCCUUGCGCUUCUGCCCCUUCUUUUUGGUCAAAAUCAUGAAACUCUUUAAAACCCGCGACGCCGCGUUCGCGUUCUUCAAGUUAGCCUUCGGGGACUGUUCUGAUUCUGAGGAGAUCCUUCGUUUGAGUUGCGUCGCGGCCCAUGUUCUGGCGGCUCAGAAGCUUCAGCUGCUAGCACAAGACGUGGUUUCGUGGCUCAUUGCGAGGGUUGGGACUGGUAGAACAAAUAAAAUAGUGGAUUUUAUGUGGAGGAAUCAUGCUAUGUAUGAGUCCGAUUUUUCUGUUUUGAAUACCCUUUUGCGGGGUUUUCUCAAUGUGGGGAUGGGUUUUGAGGCUUUGGAGGUUUUGCGUAUGAUGAGGGGUGUGGGAGUUAGGCCUGGUUUGUCCUCAAUAACCAUUCUCUUAAGGUUGUUGCUCAGGAUUGGUGAUUAUGGUAGUGUGUGGAAGUUGUUUAAGGAUAUGAUUUUCAAAGGGCCUCGCCCUUCCAAUCUCACGUUUAAUGCGAUGAUUUGUGGGUUUUGUAGACAGCAUAGGGUCGUGGUUGGGGAGAGUUUGUUGCAUUUGAUGCCUAAGUUUAUGUGUAGUCCUGAUGUUGUUACAUUUAACAUUCUUAUUAACGCGUGCUGCAUUGGGGGGAGGACUUGGGUUGCGAUUGAUUGGCUGCAUUUGAUGGUCAGGAGCGGUGUUGAGCCGAGUGUUGCCACAUUUACUACCAUUUUGCAUGCCCUUUGCAGGGAAGGGAAUGUGGUGGAGGCGCGGAAGCUCUUUGAUGGGAUUCAGGAUAUGGGGAUUGCUCCGAAUGCUGCGAUUUAUAAUACGCUGAUGGAUGGAUAUUUCAAGGCGAGGGAGGUUGCUCAAGCUAGCUUGCUUUAUGAAGAGAUGAGGACUACGGGUGUUUCUCCUGAUUGUGUGACUUUUAAUAUUUUGGUUUGGGGGCAUUAUAAGUAUGGGAGGAUAGAGGAUUCGGACAGGUUGUUGAAAGAUUUGAUAGUAUCGGGAUUGUUUCUGGAUUCUUCACUGUAUGAUGUAAUGGUAUCGUCGCUAUGUUGGGCUGGCAGACUCGAUGAGGCCAUGAAAUUAUUGCAAGAACUGCUUGAAAAGGGACUAACUCUUAGUGUUGUUGCCUUUAACUCGCUAAUAGGAGCCUAUAGCAGGGCAGGUUUAGAAGACAAAGCUUUUGAAGCAUAUCGUAUUAUGGUCAGAUGCGGUUUCACUCCUUCAUCGUCCACGUGUAAUUCUUUGCUUAUGGGUUUGUGUAGGAAAGGGUGGUUGCAAGAAGCCAGGAUACUUUUGUAUAGGAUGUUAGAGAAGGGGUUUCCCAUCAACAAAGUGGCUUACACUGUGCUUUUGGAUGGAUAUUUCAAGAUGAAUAAUUUGGAAGGGGCUCAGUUUCUCUGGAAGGAAAUGAAAGAAAGAGGUAUAUAUCCAGAUGCUGUUGCUUUUACAGCCUUAAUAGAUGGACUUUCAAAAGCAGGUAAUGUUGAGGAGGCAUAUGAAGUUUUCUUAGAAAUGUCAGCUAUAGGUUUCGUUCCUAAUAAUUUUGCUUACAAUUCUUUGAUUAGAGGGCUCUGUGAUUGUGGGAGGGUGACUGAAGCGUUAAAGUUGGAGAAAGAGAUGAGGCAAAAAGGUCUUCUUUCUGACACCUUCACCUUCAAUAUCAUCAUUGAUGGGUUUUGUAGACGGGGACAAAUGAAGUUUGCAAUUGAGACAUUUCUUGACAUGCAGCGGAUUGGUUUGCUGCCAGAUAUUUUCACAUUUAACAUCUUAAUUGGAGGAUACUGUAAGGCAUUUGACAUGGUUGGCGCUGGUGAGAUUGUUAAUAAAAUGUACUCAUGUGGGCUUGACCCAGAUAUCACAACGUAUAAUACAUACAUGCAUGGUUACUGCAGAAUGCGAAAAAUGAAUCAAGCAGUUAUCAUUUUGGAUCAGCUCAUCUCUGCUGGUAUUGUUCCAGACACAGUGACAUACAACACUAUGUUGAGUGGUAUUUGUAGUGAUAUAUUAGAUCGUGCUAUGAUUCUUACUGCAAAAUUACUUAAGAUGGGUUUUAUUCCAAAUGUGAUUACAACCAAUAUGUUGUUGUCUCAUUUUUGCAAGCAGGGGAUGCCAGAGAAGGCAUUAAUAUGGGGUCAAAAGUUAAGGGAGAUUUCAUUUGGUUUUGAUGAAAUCUCCUAUCGAAUACUGGACCAAGCUUACUGUUUGAUGCAAGAUGAUGUUGAACUUGUGAGAGGAACAUAUGAAAAGCACCUUUUUAUGGAUUUCCUAAUGUACAUUACAUUCGACUAUUUUUCCAGAAAUAAACCUCAGAAGAUAGAGAAUGAGAACAGUAUAAAGUUGAUUGAAAAUCAAUUUGUUGCUUUGUGAACUUGAUUGUUUCAUCUUUCUAUCCUUGAAAUCUGCCAUGAUUUUGUGUAAUCAUGAGAACAAUAUGGCUACUUGAGCAUUACAUGAAAUAAGUGGUCACAAUAUGAUAUGUGGUAUGACUGUGAGAAGUCAUGGAGGAAUUGGUUACCCUUUUUGAAGAGGAAUAUCAUUGGUUAUUAGUGCCUAUUCUGGAGGGCUUUUAUGUGUAUUUCUCCAUGAAGGAUAAUAGCAGCCAUCUGUGAGAAUGUUAUCACUUAUCAGUCUGAAAUGUGAUGGAAUCUACUGAACUGCAGGCAAUGGAGAUUGAAGAAUGUUUUGUGCCUUUUAAGAGGAAGGGAAGCCUUGGUGCAACAGUUAGAGGUGUUGCCAUCUAACUAGGAGGUCAUAGAUUCGAGUCAUGGAAUCAGCCUCUUGCAAAUGCUAGAUAAGGCUGCCUACAAGCAAUCCUUUUUUUCCUGAAAUAAAUCUUCAAGGAAACUGAGAAAAGUGAGGCCAUAGACAAGAAAAUAAUCUUGAUGCUCAAUUGCUCAUCAGAAGAGAGCAUUAAAUGAAUGAUGAUCAUUGAAGGAAGAGUUUAGAAGCAAGUGACAUUGCUCGGAAUUAUGGGGCAAUGCUGAGAGGUUGGUAAUUGAGCAGGAGGCUGCAGUCCAUCUUUAAUAUUCUAAUGUCAAAGAAGAAAAAAUUGGUGUGGGCUUCAAGUGAGAUGUUUGAGAAAGUUAAAUUCAAAAAGAAAAAAACAGAAGAGGAAGAAGCUACCAAGAUGAAUGGCUGGAAUCUGGGUCGACCAUGAUGACAAAGUAACUGUCAUGGAGAGGUAAAGAAACAGGUAAGAUAGAAAGGGGAAGUCCAGAAAAAGCUAUAUGGGAUGAUGGAGUCAAAUAUUAUUGAACAUCUUGUUGACUUCUUUUGGGACAAUUCAAUUAUGGCUUAAAUAUAUUUUUGGUUCCUAUAGUUUAUCUUGAUUUUGGUUUUGGUCCCUAUACUUUUAAAGGUUUGAUUUGUGGUCCUUAUAGUUUUACAAAUUUAGGUUGAGUCUAAUUUGGAUAAACUUUUCAAUGAGUAGUUACAGUAGAAGAAAAUAAGAAGGUAAAAUGAAUUAAAAUUCUCCCUUAAGUUAAAAUCAACUAGUGACUGUAACUUUUAUAGAAGCUCUCUCAUCUAAUUUCUUCAAAAGCUUAGGUGCAUAUGUUGUUUUUAACUCAUGAAAGAAGUUUAAUUCAUUUGGUUUUUCUUUUUUCUUUUUCUCUCAUAAGUGCUUAUUUAGAAGUUUGUUCAAGCCAGGCCUUGGUCCUUAUAGUUUUAUUCUGUUUUGAUUCUGAUUCUUAUAGUUUUAUUCUAGUAUGGUUUUGGCCUCUCCAGUACACCGUACAUUGGUCCAAAUGGUUGUACCCUCCAAGACAUGUUUUGGCGUUUUAGCAUAUUACUGGUAGUAGGGACCAAAACUAAAAUUUUUAAAACUAUAUGGACCAAAAACUUUUUAAAGUAUAGGGACAAAACCAAAAUUAAAGCAUACCAUAGGGACCAACAAUGUAUUUAAACCUUCAUUUAUAUUUUAAGUUGCUUCCCUCAUUUGCUUGCUGAAUUGGCAAUAGUUGCUGGAAUACUGAAGGAAUUUACAAAGUUGAAAAAGAAAAGGUUGUCCCAGUGGAAGAAAAAACUACAACUCUUACAAUUACUACUUGUACUUGAGGCUAUGUUUGGGAGUGAGGUUUAGGAGGGGGAAAGGAAAGGUUUUUAGGGAAGUUUCCCUUGUUUUGGAGUUUUGAGGGGUGAGGGUCUUGGGAUUUUCAGAAGCCCUCCCCCUCUUCUAUGCAAUUUCUAGGUUCCCCCACUUUGGGAGAUUUUGUAGAAAAAUAUAAUCUAAUUACUCAUUGACCCUCAACCCCUUUCCUGAUUACAUGUCUCUCAAACCAUUGCUCAUUUUCUCUCAUCACUCUUGUUUGGCUUCAAAGAAAAUUAUCACUGAGAAAAUCUUCACCUCUCUUAUCCCAACAUAUGAUUUGGAUGAAUCCAUAGCAUAGCAGCCAACCCGUAUUUCCUUUGUUUUAUCAAGAUCAUAUACAACCCAUAGUAGUGAUGUGUCUAUUAUUUAUGUGCCCCCACCAUCACAUUGUGGUCGGGAUUAAUGAAGCUGCAGCGAGUUUCUCUACUUCAUUUCUUUGUUGUUCAGGUUUACUAAUCAAUGUCUUUGCUCCAUCAGGCCUGCACCUUCAAGAACACAUGGAGCAUUGAAUAUACUGUAACUGUUCCAGCUCAAUGCCACCCUUGGCAUUCUCUUUGCCAACCAAGUCAAUUAUGCUGCCAACAAGGUGAAAGCAUUGAAUUAAUGGUUUAGUGAGAGUGGUGCUGGUCAAAAUCAAAAUUGAUGGCCUGAUCAGAGUUAUUCUUCAUAUAGAUUCUGCCAGAGUGCCAGGGAUUGAAGUUAUGAACCCCAAUAUUGGUCAAUGCUGGCGAAUAGCAAGUGAAUUUAUUGUGGAAGAUUAGUCCAUGGAAUGAGGUUACAAUGGACAUGUGAUGUCUACUUGUUUUGGCUGCAAAACUAAGCUCUUACAUAUGGUUAGAUGUGAAUCAUGUGAUGGUCAAGGUCCUUGUUCGGAAUGCUUUGUUUAACCUAAAGGAAACCUUUCUAUUGGGUCUAGGAUAUAACUCUUUAAAUAUGGUAUGCAAUUUCAUUGUCCAUGAUAAACUGGGGGACCAAAUUUAUAAUUUUGCCUAUUUAUUUAUAUGUAUGUCGGGGUAGAGGGUGUCACAAAUCAUGUUGUUCAUGACUUCCUAAACACUACAUAGGUCUAAGGCUAUUGUGUAGUAUCCUUUUUAAGGCCCAAUGUGCAGACUCAACCCUGCAUUUGAAAAACACAAAAAAGUAAACACAAACAAUUAUUUUUAUCCAUUGAUGUCUUGUUAUUAAAACCAAUAUAGAUUUACAAUUUUUA